CACAAACCCACGACCAAUCAAAAACAUUAAAACCACAUUCUUCUCUCUCCAACAUAAUUCUUUUUCAUUAUUACCCAUCUCAGUUUCAAUCACAACUCAUUAAUCACGAACCCAAAACCAAACUCUCUUCAUUAAAUUUCAUUUCCCCCUCCCUUAAAGCAAGCCAAAGCUUGCAUCUUUAGCAUCAAGCAGUUUCACCAGCCAAAUGGGUGCAUCUGGAAAAUGGGUGAAGGCCUUGAUCGGAAUCAACAGCAAGAACGAACUUGGAGGGAAGAAGAAGAAAUGGAGGCUAUGGAAGAGUUCUUCUGCAGGGGAGAACAGAUCUCAAGAAUUCGAGUAUGGCAGUGUGGCUUCCGAUUCUUUCACCGCCGCAGUGGCCACAGUUGUCAGAGCUCCACCAAAGGAUUUCAAACUCCUCAAGCAAGAAUGGGCUGCCACACGAAUUCAAACUGCUUUUCGUGCCUUCUUGGCAAGAAGGGCAUUGAGGGCGUUGAAGGGAGUGGUGAGGCUUCAAGCUCUUGUAAGGGGUAGACUUGUGAGGAAGCAGGCUGCAGUAACACUGAGGUGCAUGCAGGCCUUGGUUCGUGUGCAGGCACGUGUGAGGGCGCGGCGCGUGCGAAUGUCCAUGGAGGGGCAAGCUGUGCAAAACAUGCUCAAUGAACGCCGCACCAAGGCUGAACUCAACAAGGAAGCUGAGGAUGGUUGGUGUGAUAGCAAAGGAUCACUGGAAGAUGUGAAGACAAAACUGCAAAUGAGGCAAGAGGGAGCUUUCAAGAGGGAGAGAGCAAUUGCAUACUCUCUUGCCCAAAAGCAAUGGAGAUCAACCCCCAUUUCAAAUUCAAGAGCAAACAACACCUCUUUGAACAAGCAAGAGAUAGACAAGGCUAACUGGGGAUGGAGUUGGUUGGAACGUUGGAUGGCAGCAAAGCCAUGGGAGAGUAGAUUGAUGGAACAAACUCGUCAUCAUGCUGAUGCCACAGAGAAAACUCCUCCUCCAAAGAAAUGUGUGGACCUCAUAAAUUCAAAAAAAAAUUCAGAACCAUGCAAUGUCAAAGUCAGAAAGAACAAUGUCACCACAAGGAUUUCAGCCAGACCUCCCCAAAUUGGCCAAGCCACUCGUUCAUCCUCAAGUCCUAGUUCUGAGUUUCACUAUGAUGAGAGCUCUAAUUCAUCUUCAAUAUGCACAUCCAUGACACCAAUAUCUGGGAGUGUUUCCUUGCCUUGUGAGAGGACAGAGGAUAGUAGCAACAGUACUACUAGGCCUAGUUACAUGAACCUGACCGAGUCAACCAAGGCAAAGCAGAAAACCAGCAGUCAUCAAUACAACAGAUCUCAGAGGCAACAGUCCAUGGAUGAGUUUCAGUUUCUCAAAAGGACAGCGGUUUUCUCAAAUGGAGAUUCCAAAAGCAUCGGUGCUUCUGACCCUUCAACCAACUUUUCUAGGCCACUUUACCUACCCACCUACAUGGAUAAGAAGCCACGGUGAAACGGAUGAUUCAAUUGAUUGAUUGUAUUCAUAUGUACUUAUUUCCAUGAAGUUCAACACUUCAACAUCUUGUUGUUCAACGAUCUCUGAAUUUAAUUACAACUGUAGCAGUAGCUUUUGUGCUU